GUGGAAAAUUUACAAAAGUUUGAUAUCAACGGUAAAUUGGUAUAAAAAGAGUAUUCUUCCUUGACUUUCAUCAGUACAAACUAAGAAGUUGAGCUGAACCGAAAAUGGCAAAAUUAAUUUUUUCACUUAUUUUCACCGUCCAGUUCAUUGUUUACGGACAAGCUGCAGUUCAUGGUACAUAUUGGUCUGAGUCAUCUGAUGCCGGCGGCUGCCAAAUGCCAACAGCUACUUAUGUUGUAACAAAUGCUAUUGCAUUAGGCCAAGAAACCGCAUUGGGAGAUCUGGCUUUCAGAUCAGGCUUAUGUGGUCAAGUACUCACAGUUAAUUGCGGAAAUGGUGAUGUGGAUGCUGUUGUAGUAAGCACAUGUAACAUAGGCUCUGACACUUGCGGUGUGGAUAUGAUUGCUAAGACGUGGAACACUGCCACAAAUAAUGCUUCACCUGGUAUAACCGAUUGUACCGUCAUUUUGUCCAACAAAAAUCCGAUAGCAGGCGAUGGACCACUUUGUUAUCAUCGACCAAACUCUGAUAUUGGAAACGCAUAUUCUGUGAUUCUGUCUGUACUGAAUACUAGCGGUAAAAUACCAAGUGGUGCAACAGUGGCUGGUGUCUCAGGAAAUCGUGGUAAUGAUGAUUGGUUCAUAUUCGAUAGUGCUGGUCAAAAUCUGUUCACGGAUGAGGCUGCCGUUGUGUUUACAUAUGAAGAUGGCAGUAGCGACAGUUUCACUGUAGCCGAUUGUCAAUCCGGUGGUUCAGUCCAAAUAUUUAAAUAAAAUUUGUUUUUC